UAAAGCGCCUUACGGCACUUCGGUAGUUCCGCUGUCGGGAUGGAAUCAAACAGAGACGAAGCGGAGCGCUGCAUUGAGAUUGCGGUCACAGCACUAAGAAAUAACCAGCCAGAGAAAGCUCAGAGGUUUCUAGAAAAGGCAUACAAACUAUUUCCUUCGGAUAAGGUAACAGAGCUGCUUGACUCAAUAGCACAGAACGGUCAGGCGUCUGGCCGGAGUGAGCAGUCCAGCUCUAGCGAUGGCCCCAGGCUGCGUAAGCAGAGACAGACAGAGGAGACAAGCCCGACAGCGGAGAAACCCACAGACAUGGCAAAAUCCUACACCUUGGAGCAGCUGGACGCCGUGAAGAGAAUAAAACAGUGUAAAGACUAUUAUGAGAUUCUUGGAGUCGGCAAGGAUGCCUCCGAGGACGACUUGAAAAGGGCAUACAGAAAACUGGCGUUGAAGUUCCACCCUGAUAAAAACCAUGCUCCUGGUGCCACAGAGGCAUUUAAAGCCAUUGGAAAUGCGUAUGCUGUUCUCAGCAACACAGAGAAGCGGCAGCAGUAUGACCAGUUUGGUGAGGAAAAAGCACAUUCACCCAAACCCGGGCACUCACACGGCCACUUUGAGGCAGAUAUCUCCCCCGAAGACCUGUUCAACAUGUUUUUUGGAGGUGGCUUCCCAUCAAGUAACGUGCACGUGUACAGUAAUGGGAGAAUGCGCUACCCCUACAACCAGAGAGCGGAGCGCCGAGACCAGCAGGGAGACGGCGGACUGGCACUCUUUGUCCAGCUGAUGCCCAUCCUCAUCCUCAUCAUCGUCUCGGCUCUCAGUCAGAUGAUGGUGUCCAGCCCCCCCUACAGCCUCAGCAUAAGGCCGUCUGCGGGACACACGCAGAAGAGGCUGACGGGAACACUGAAGGUACCUUACUACGUAGGGGAGCGCUUCUCUGAGGAGUACACAGGAGCGAAUCUGAAAAACGUGGAAAGGAGUGUGGAGGACGACUACAUCUCCAACCUCCGGAACAACUGUUGGAAGGAGAAGCAGCAGAAGGAGGGCUUGCUGUAUCGGGCACGGUAUUUCGGAGACAGCGAGCUGUACCAAAGGGCACAGAAGAUGGGCACGCCCAGCUGCACCAGGCUGUCCGAAGUCCAGGUCCUGCUCCAUGGUUAAAGAGAGAGAGGUUGUUUCACAGUUGCUGAGAAGAUGUAUUAUAAUGAUGAAAACUGUCCACCUAAGUCCUUGUUCAAACAUUCUUUACCCUGGAGUGUAAAACAGCAAAAAAAAUCAGGCACAGCAGAGUCUGGCUCCGCCCUGUCUGAGAGCCAGCCCAGAGCGGUGGAGCGCUGAUCUCCACCCCCAAGUGGAUCCAGGAGCUUCCUGUGGGCAUCCUCCUGCCCAGAAAAUGGACAAAGCCCCUAUUAAUCCCCUAGGACCUUCCAACACCAGAGAAGUCAGAGGGUCCUGGAAAGAAAUCAGACAGUGAUUUGAAUAUAAUUUGUCUGUCCUCCAAAGUCUGUGAAUGCUACUAAUAUGAAGCUUUUAGUAUGGUCCAAACUUUUAUUUUUCAUCUGUUGAUAAACUGUUGAUAAAAGAUGUGGUUGCCUUCCCCAGUUAAGUGAGCCAAUUAAAGGUUUGUCAUUUUUAUAGUUUAUAUAUGUAUACAUGUUCUACUUUUCACUUGCAGGAACUAGAGUAAAUUAUAAAGCUUCCUCGUUUUAUUAUGGAAAAAGUCAAACCUCGCUUGUUGUAUUCUAAACAAUCAAAGCUCACAAAUUAGUAUUUAAGAAAAUUGCAUCAGUGGCAAAAGCUGUAUUUAUUAAAAACUAGGUGAUGUGAAGAUGGUGUUUUAUCUGAGCUGUUUCUGUGAGGAAGUUUAAAAGGCAAAGCUGUGACUUCAUUAAGAGGAUGGGCAGGGUUAAGACUGAGAUGUAGUGUGUUGCAGUAUAAUUUGCAUCUGGGAGCUGAAACACCAAUACUGACUUUGGUCUGGCAUCUAAACAUUGUACUGGAGACUCUCACCAUUUCCACUGCUUGAGAAAUCCCAGCAAAUGGGGAAAUUUGCAACUACUCUGUCACUAGGGUACAGCAGUAGUGUGGUGUAGCGGUAAGGAGCAGGGCAGCAGUGUGGUGUAGUGGUAAAAAGUUUGUUAGUUCCCUUUUUGGUCACUGCUGUAAUUGCCAACAGCAGAUAUAAACAGAUAUAAAGCAGCUGUAUAAAUGGAGAAAAUGUAUGACAUGUAAAGCUAUGCGGGUCACCCUUUCCAUCCAUUUAAUGUGUGAGCGAGACAGCAUUUUGAUAACAGCUGGUAUAGCAACAGUAACACCUUGAGAACUGUUCUGCCACAUCUGUGAUAUCAUUACACAUUGUGAUAAACCCUAAUUCUACUCCAGAGGAAACUUAUAGCUAAGGGGGGUGGGGGGUGUUGCAAAAUUGCAUGAUUCCACAAUUCUCUUUGUUGCUUUACCUUUGGGCAAGAUUUGGAAAAGGUACUUUGUGAUCCUGUGGAAAAAAACAUUGCAUAAACUCCAAAGUCCACUCUUGGGCCAGGGGCAUGACUGAGACAGAAUGGAAAAGUAGUGGGCUGGUAGCCGCUGUUUGUGGUACAGGAUUCGAGGGUGUUUUGGACAUGUUACAGGUGAUCUACUGCACGGUUUUAGCGUGUUUUCAGCACAGGUUUUUCCUGUAUGCCUGUGUUUGUUGUUGUAAGAUUGACAUUGUGUCAUUAUUUGUUACCCCUCAAGUAAUGCUUUUUAGUCAGUCAUCACAAGCAGUAUAUGAUCUGCUUAAAUUUUACAUUUCCUUUAUACUUGAUACAGAAUGUAAUUAAUAUUAAUCUCAUACAAUGCUGAUGCUGUUCAUUCUGUAUUUAUUCAGAGGCCAAAUUUGAUGAAUAGCAAAAACAAGAUCCUGAGACUCAAAUCCCAAGCGAAGCUGUUUGUUUUCUUUAAAGAAAUGUUUCUUUUCUGAUUUAAUAAAGGAACAUGUCAUGGUG